CACCGAAGAGGCUGCUGCUGAAGCCGUCCCAGACGCAGCCGGCGGCGUCCCACACCCAGCGGCUCCUCAGGCAGGACAUGAAGCUACAGAAUCUCCACAGAACUAAGACUCCAUGCUCAGGAAUUUGAGAAAGUCUUAUCCAGUAAACCUGGCAUCAGCCUUGGUGAAGUAAUAGCAAAGUGGAUCUGGAGAUCAAUAGCUAAAGAGCAAUACAAAGGAAUUGAUCAGUGUGGUCUACAGAAAAUGUUUGGUAUACCUGUCAUGCAGCUGCAUCUCACAUGAACUCAUGUGGGGGUUAAAGGAACAAAGCAAGGCUUGGACAUGGCUGAAGGAAGAGCUCUCCCUCUUUUCUUCUCUUAAUAAAGGAUGUCUGGAAAGAAGGAUCAUGAUGAGGAGAGUUGCUCUGCUCUUGAAUUGAUUGAUUUCAAGAAUGCUUUGGAGCAGUUCCAGAAUCUAGUUGAAAAACUGGUCAUCCAGAAGACCAAGGAGAGUUCAGGCUUGUAUACUAAAGAUGAUGAUGAGAUAGACUAUAAUAAGUUCUAUACAACCACACGGACACUUUUUGGUCCAGCAGUCAAGGAUCAGAAUGUUCAGACCUUUUUCAGGAAGAUUAUGAGCAACCUUGAAAGGCCAGAAUGGCUUGAGAUUUUUGGCUGUUUCACAGAAGAAAGUGAUGGCACAUCUUCCCCAUCAAAAGAAAGCAUGGUUUUCCUUGUAUCUGAAAAACAGCAGAUUACUCAUUCAGUUGUCAAGAGAAAAGAUGUGAUCAAGGGAAUAGUGAAUGUGCCCCUUCUGCAUCUCACAUUAACAGCCUCUCAGAAAGGAGUGCUAACUGUGUUUAGCAAACAGAUGAAAGUUCUGGCAACCAUUGAAGUUGAAGAUACUGCUUGGAUCACUGGAUGUGAUUUCCUGCCUAAUCUGAAAUAUGUUGUUGCUGUAACUGAAAGCACAGUCAUUCUCUGGGACUAUAAAUCAAAAGAGAUCAAGAGUAAUGGCUUUGUCAUCAAACCAAUGAAAAACUGUCUGCUCUGUGUUUGUACGGUGACAAUGGCAGAUAACCUGGCUAAGGAUACCUUCUUAAUGGGAGAUGAUAAGGGUUAUGUUUAUCUCCUUACUAUCACCAGUGAUGACUUCAUAAUGAAACAAUCUAAAACCGAAAAAGAAUCACAAUUUAAACUCAUGGACUCUGAAUCUUUUGACAUUCCUAAACGUAAACUACAUGAUGACUGGGUUGGGAAGAUCAAGUACUUUCCUGCCCUAAAACGUUUUGGAUCCUGCUCCACAGACAGAAUUAAUUCAUUUGUUUUGGAUGACAUAAAGCGACUAGAGGACCAUUUACCUGUAAAGGAAUUUUCUGUCCCUAAAGGAGUAAAUGCCUUCACCUACUGUAGAAAGGCAAAAGUCAUUGUCACUGGAGGUAAUGACAGAAUCCUUCGUUUGUGGAAUCCUGUUGUUAAUUUUAGUCCCACAGGGAAGUUAUUAGGACACAAACAUAGUAUUGUAGAAAUUGUGACAAAUGAGAAAGAUCAACAAGUCAUCAGCCUUUCCUGUGCAAAGGUUUUUAGAGUGUGGGAUAUACAGACUCUUUCACCACUGCAGGUCUUCUAUGAAAAUCAUGGGACUCCAGAAGAGAUUAAUGCCUUUCCCAUGGUAUUUGACAAUGAUCAUGGCAUGCUUUUCACAGGUUCAGAGGUCAUUGAUAUUUAUCCUCUAGCUAAUGUGAUACAAGAUUCAAAAGAGUUGCCUCAGACACAUGAGAAGAGCCUCAAUGUUCUCCUUUACAACAGAGCUUUUCACCAGAUUCUCAGCAUUUGCACUGAGUCAAUACUAAAGGUCUGGGAUCUAGAAACAGGAUCUCAAAUAUAUCAAUUAGAACAUGCACAUGGGCUGAAAACUGAGGUGACCUGUGCAGCCAUUGAAAUAAAUGGGAUUUAUCUUGCUACUGGGGCAUGUGAUGGAACAGUGAAAAUCUGGGAGUUUGAAAGCGGGCAAGAAGUUAAAGCCUUGCCUUUAGCACAACACAACAAUGAUGAGCAUCGUAUGCAGAAGAUAGUUUAUCUGAAGGCUGAUGAGGGUCAACAUGCAGUUAUUGUUUUGCAGCAGAGAGGGAAGAUAAAAAUCAUUCAGGGUGACUCAGCUCAAACAGAUCUAUAUGUCACAUGGGUGCUUCCUGAGAUAGUGCCAUUUCCACGAAGGAAUCCAGUUGUGUAUCUGUCACUGAAGCCUAGCUCCUUAAAGACACAAGAUUUUUUUCCAGAGAUUCGGCUUCUAUGUAACACCAGUUCCAUGAGAAAUGAUACAGAGACUUUUUUAUCUUCUGUAGAUAUUAAGUGUUUUGAUGUUGUAGAAGAAGAAGGAUGCAGAAUGAUAGCUACAGGAAGUGCAAAUGGUGAAAUAAAUUUGUGGGAUUUUGAAUCUGCCUCUGUGAAAUGCCUGCGUAAAACUACUGAAGAAAACCAGGGCUCUGGAGUCAAUGCCAUAGUAUUCCUUGUACAUAGUGUUUCUUCUCGCAGGAAAGGAAGUUCCCUGUCCCCUACUCCUUCUGUGACGAGUGAUACCGGUGCCAUUCCAGAGCACAAGGAAAGUUCUCUGGACCAACCUGAGGAAAAUGUGGAAAGUGAUGAAAUUAAUACUGAAAUAAAAACAGAAGAAACAGCUGGCUGUGAAAACACCGAAAAUCCAAAUAUGAAUGUACAGUUGUUGAAGGCUAAAGCAGGACAAGCACCUUUACUGGCUUCUGCUCAUGAAAGUAGCUGUAUCCGCCUAUGGAGUAUUCAGGGAAACUUGAUGAGAGAACUUCUGCCAUUUUCAGAACAUCCUGCAGGUCCUCUGACUUCACUGUGUACAGACAUCUUCACUAAAAUUCUUUUGGCGGGUAGUAAAGAGGGAUAUAUUAUUCGCUGGAAUAUUGCCUCAUUCUUAGAAGAUUCACGAAAUAGAAAAAAUUACAUAAAGGAGGAGCUCUGCUGGAGGGCACAUGCUAGUGAAGUGGUUGACUUCUUUAUUGAAGAGGAGAAAAAUGUAGUAGUGACAGCAUCCAUUGAUGGUUCAGUCAGGCUUUGGCAUGCCAUGACUGGAUACUAUUUUGGUUACUUUGGACAAGCCAGGAAGUUUGAUUUAUCAGAUACCAGUCGGUUGAUUUUGCCACUUGAUGUUAAUGAAUUUUCUGCUAUAAUUAAAGAGAGCAAACGUAUGGAAAAGAAGAAGGUUAUAUAUCCUCUCAUGCUGGACAGAGACAAGUGGAAAUCACUGACCAGAUCAGAUUUAGAAAAGGCUGGACAUGAGGAAGAAGCUCAGACCUUCAAGUUUUUCAAAGCUCUUGCUCCUGAAAAGCGCCAACCUAUGGAAACUUUUGAGUUUGUAUGCAAAGAGGCUGGUGCAGUAUUUGGCUUUCUUCCUAUAUAUGAGCUUGAGAAUCCAGUUGAAGUGAGCAUGCCAAAGAGUCUUCAAAGGAUCAGAGCUGAGAAGUCCAGUCACAAGGGACGGGAAAAGGGUCCAGGUUCCAUUGAAGACUUGAGUCAUAACAAAUAAAUGUAGUUUCCAUCUUCAUUAAAGUGGAUUAGCAGAUUUCUUUUGUUAUUUUUUCUCUGUUUUUCUUUUCAGUUACAUUUAAAUCUGCUUCAUUAUUAAGUAGAACAUGUAAAAAACAAAUCUUUACUUCUAUUCCAAUCCUUCAUGCAAUGAAUAAAUUCUAAUAAAGCCAGUGUAUGAUUAUAACUAGAUUUUGAAAAGACCAUUUGACUUAAUGUAUAUUUGCUGACAGUUACACUUUAUGUCAAAACCAGUGAUUUCCUCUCUGCUUUAAUUUAUCCAGUUUGAACUCCUCAAUAUUGAAUAUUACACUGUGUUUUUUCCUGACAGAUUAAUCAUAAAGUCAACAGAGAGUUAAUAUGCCCUGCUGUUUCUUCCUGUUCAUUCCUUGCUUAUGCUUUCAAAGAGUGUGUUUAUCCUCUAAGCCAGGAAAGUGUCUGCUGAGCUCAUAGUCAAUUAAUUAUCCAUCAUGAUUAUCAUGAUUCUGCAAAUCUUUUCUUGCAUUUCAGCAUUCCAUGACAAUGUCAUAACUUGACACAGAGCACAGAACACAUUUUCAUCCUUUGGCUAAACAUACAAAUAGUGCCAAGUGUCUCACCUUAGUGAGUAGUUAGGAUAAUGCAUAUAACUAGUGAUAUUAUUACCUGCUAUUUCAGGGAAAAUAGCAGGUUUUCUAUAUCACUGGUAUUGAAUGGUGUUUGAUCUGCAGGGCUUCUUGAAAAGACAUUCUUCUCAUGAAGUGUAUAUAGAAUGACUUGCAAUUAUUUUCCUGCCUUUGACUUGUUACAAGGCUAUGAUGGAUUUAAGGGUAGCUGCAAAAUACCUUAUGGGAGUACAUUUAAAAUUCUUAUUUAUCAGCUGUACCGGAUCUGGCAGAGAUUCACUUAAUUUUCUCCAUAGCAGCUUGUAUGGUGCUGUGUCGUGGAUUAGUAAAUAAAACAGUGCUGAUAACACAACAGUGUUUUGGCUAUUGUUGAGCAAUGCCAGCACAAGAAGAAGGUGCUUUUUUCCCCGCACCAAGUGAGUAAGCUGGGAAGGGACACAGCUGGGACAGCUGACCUGAACUGACCAGAAAUUUUCCGUACCAUAUAACAUCCUCAUGGAAUGGGGGAGGGAACCAAGAUGUUUAUGGUUAUUGUGUUUGUCUUCCCUAUAGUGACCAUUCACUUCCCAAGUAACCAUUCAUUAUGUUUGCUGAGGCCGUUUCCCAGGAAGCGGCUAAACAAAGAUCUGACUGCUUGUGGUAAGCAGUGCUUGAAUUCUUUGUUUUGCUUUGCUUGCACAUGCAGCUUUGCUUCACCUAUUAAACCGUCUUCAUUGUGACCCAAGAAUUUUCUCACUUUUGCUCUUCCACAUCUCUUCCCCAUCCCACUGGGAGAAGUAAGGAAGGAAGCAAGAAACUGGGCAGGCACUUGGUGUUUGCCAGGGUCAGCCUACCACAUUAGCAAACUUUGUGAUCAGAAUUAAAAUCAGACUUGUCUGACAAAACAGGUGGCACCAGCUAAAGUGUGAUCUGUCAUUUACAACUUGUGUUCACUUCAUCUGACCUAUGAUCUAGCAGGUUAGCCUAUGAAAAGUAACAUUCUUGCAAUUCUG